AUGGAGGACGACAAGGGUGGUUACCGUCAAAUCAGCAAAUCGUUGAACGUUUGUGCUUUCGAGGAAUAUCUCGCAGGACAGAUUGCGAACCUUCCUUUCAUCCCUGUCGUGGAACAGCUUUCCCCUCGAGUACUACGGAUCUUGGGUCAAAACCCCGGCCGUUUUACAUUCCAAGGCACAAACACAUAUGUCGUUGGAACAGGCUCUCAUCGCCUAAUCAUCGAUACAUCCGGCGGCGAGCCCGAGUGGGCCCGUCUGGUCGAGAAGACGUUCCUUGAACAAGGAAUUACGCUGUCACAUGUCCUCAUCACACAUUGGCAUGGCGACCAUCAAGGCGGUGCUCCCGAUCUCGUCCGCAUGUAUCCACAUCUUCGAGACUCGGUCUUCAAGAACGAUCCGGAAGAAGGGCAGCGAGACAUUGAAGAUAACCAAGUCUUCCGCGUAGAGGGAGCAACUGUCCGGGCCGUGCAUGCUCCUGGACAUUCACAUGAUCACAUGUGUUUUGUACUCGAGGAAGAACAAGCCAUGUUCACGGGCGACAACAUUCUGGGUACUGGCACAAGUGCCGUAGAAGAUCUCGGGACGUUCAUCGAGAGUCUGAAGAAGAUGCAAACCCACAACUGCACAGUCGGUUACUCGGCACACGGAACGGCGAUUCCCAACCUACGGGCCAAGAUCCUAGGCGAGCUUACCAGCAAACUCAGACGUGAGAGGCAGAUCAUGCAGGCACUGAGUCGACUACACGGACGAGGACAAAUUCAUGCAUCCACCUCAGACGUCGUCGCCGAGAUAUACGGCGAUUCCCUCGACGAGCAGACACGUUCCAUGGCUCUGGUCCCUUUCAUCGACGAAGUGCUACAAAAGCUGGCGGGAGACGGCCGAGUGGCAUUCCAAAUGCGAGGUGGUGCCAAAACUUGGUACUCUGUUGAAGCUUUACAGCGCAAACGCGCAGAGCUGAGCCUGAAAUCAGAGAAGAAGGUCGGCGUCACGGUACAAGUUCUCGAGGUCUCGGUUUGA